UACUGGAACCUGACCUACACCACAAGGAUAGAGAACCUGGUACACUGAAAUCAAAACAUUAACACGGGAAAAGCCCACCAGAAUUAGAAUGGACAAAAAGAGGUAAUAAGAACGUGCUUAUUAGUACUGGAUAAUGAAUGACAAAAGAGUGAUCUGUAUUUGUUUUACUGAAAUUGACAUAUGAAACGGAUAGGGAUAUUCCAUGAUCUGUUAUCAAAUCAGUGCUCUGUAUCAUUGGCUGCUCUAGAAGAACAGCUCACCCUAUCAAUGCCUUACGGAUCUGGAAUACAGUACUCUGUGACACAUCAACUGGAUCAAGAUUACAGCUCUCAAUGCCCACCGUGACUUAUUUGAAACAAAACCAGACUUUGUAAAUGCAGGUAGAUAAUAACAUUACAAUGAACUUGAUUUCACAGUGUAAGGUACUUCCACUUCUAUUACACCUUUCAGUCAUUGAAUAUUCUAUCGGGGCCUUAACGGCAAGAUUUCUUGAACAGACAAUAGAAUGUCAUGAUAAGCUUGGAAGGGACUGUUUUAAAUACAGUGACGACCAGUGUGUUGGAAAGUAUGCUCUGUGGGCGAAGGAACAUUGUGCACUUAGAUGUGGAUACUGCCCACAAAAAUUACCAUGUGUCGACCAAAUAACAUACUGUGACGAAUAUGAAGAAAGAUUUUGCAGUGAUGAGAGGUAUGCGGAAUAUAUGAGAGAAAACUGUAGAAGGACAUGUGAUUUAUGCAGAGUUCCAACAGAAUAUUUAACAUCACUAGCAACUGUAUCUACAACUGACAAGUUUCAACCUGGUGUUUUGACCACGCCCCCUCUGGAUCUUGUUGGUACUACGAGGACGCCCAGUGCACUGGAAUUUAUGAGUCAUGGGCCAAGAAAUACUGUCCACAUCGCUGUGGAUAUUGUCCUGAAAUCCUCGGUUGACUCCACUACGCUCCAUUACAAAAAGUGCGAGGUCAUCCAAGGAGCAAAAACUGGUCUAACUGGUUUGACAAUGACGCGAUUGUCUAAAUAUAGAGAUGCAAACAAAGAUGUAAAGUCAAAGAAACGCUAA